AGAAGAUCAUUCCAUCUUUUCGAAUUGCCGACCUCGAACAAUGCAUCCGAAAGGAUCCGUCUCGGGAAGGAGCAAUUACUGCAGGUGAUGGAGCGCCAUGAUUGCUUUGUAUAGCGGCCGUCGGGGAUGGGAAAUCGCAGUGACCGUCAACUGCAGCGGUCGGCAGCUACAAGUGAUUUCGCUCGCUGUCUGCGAAGUAAUUUUUUGCCUGCGAGGAGCGAAGAUCCAGAAUUAGGAAUCUGACGGUCUGAGGACCUAAUAGAUCCCGAAGAAUCUAAUUGCGGAGAUCGCUUUGGAUCGAGAUCGUUUUUUUUUUACAUGCUCAUGCCUGAUACCGAGGCAAAAGAGCGCCUGUCACUGAUCAGUUAAAGAAGCUGUCCACUGCACGUACGUUUUUCAAACGGCAGAUUACAGAUGUCUCCAGUCUUGUUCUAUCAUACGAUAAAGUGUUGAUCCACGCAGGUUAUCACAGUGACAACGCUGACAUCGCGGGCAUAUGCAGAAAUUAUUCCGAAACCCCACAUUUGGCAUUUUUAAGAGAUGAUAGCUCCGGGGCUAGGGUCUCAAGAUAACUUCUAAAAGUGAAAUAGUGGUGCUCUGUCUGGGGUGCCAUUCAUAACCUAUCAAUUCUAACUGAGAAUUAACCCUUAAAUUGACCCGCUAUGUGUGCCGGAAACAGUCUGCCCGCCGGAGCUCCGGUCCUGCAGUGAGGUCAUUCGCGGCUCAAAGAAAUCUGGGUUUUGAAGAGUUUCAAAUUGAACUAAUCCGAGACCCUGCAAGCACAGCCGAGCGCGCAGCGCCUUCACAUUCGAUAAGCGAUCAGACCAGAAACGUUUCACCGGGUUCUCAAAUGCUGACGUUACAAGACUGGAAAUAGUUAUCUACCGUAUUUUGAUUUCAGAUAUACACCGACAGCUCGACUAGAACUCACUCCGUUCCGACUGCAAUUCAAAAUGGAAAUCUGUGUGCACUUUAAAUUCCGUUUGCCUUUCUUCAAAGACUGCGCGAACUGUGAUAGGCAACUAUUACUAUCGCAAGCCUUCUAAUUUGUUAACUUUCCGUGGCCGGUAGCCAAGGUAAACCAGCCUUACACCACGGGUUGAUUUAUCUAUGUAGAAUAUUAGUGGCCGUACUGUAUACGUUUGUUAAUCGGUGCGUUGCAAAUGUAUACACGGGAAGCUUUCUUUCUUGAAAAAUGAACUGUUUUGAAAAUGUUCCCACUGUUCAGCAAAAUACCCAUUUUAUUCUUCGGAGAAGGUGCUCGGAUCAAGAAUCCGAAGGGGCUCUAUUGUUCUUGGCGCAUUUGAGGUUUCCAAAGGAUUCACGCAAAAUACGAUGAGACGAGAAUCGGCGACAUCGGCGAUGGAUUCUGCUGAUCACUACGAGUGUUUUCCGAUUCAAAGAUAAAGGAAUUCAAGGUAAGCAGUUCAGCGUCCUGGAACUGAAGAAGGAGUUUUAUUAUGCCCGGUGGCAUUAUUUUGCAUUAGCGCCCAGAGAUGAAGGAAAAGUCUAAGAAUGCAGCAAAAACAAGGCGAGAAAAGGAAAAUGGAGAAUUCUACGAACUGGCGAAAUUACUGCCACUGCCUUCUGCUAUCACCUCCCAGCUGGAUAAGGCUUCCAUCAUACGACUGACCACCAGCUACCUGAAGAUGAGAGCGGUGUUUCCCGAAGGUUUAGGAGAUGCUUGGGGCCAGCCAUCUCGCCUCAAUCCCUUAGACAGCUUGGCAAAAGACCUGGGAUCCCACCUGCUUCAAACGCUGGAUGGCUUUGUGUUUGUUGUAGCCUCGGAUGGAAAAAUCAUGUACAUCUCUGAGACAGCUUCUGUCCACCUUGGCUUGUCACAGGUGGAGCUGACGGGCAACAGUAUCUACGAGUACAUCCACCCCUCCGAUCACGAUGAGAUGACAGGUGUUCUGAGUGCCCACCAGCCCCUCCAUCCUCACUUUCUUCAGGAGUAUGAAAUGGAGAGGUCUUUCUUCCUCCGUAUGAAGUGCGUCCUGGCUAAGCGCAACGCCGGCCUGACCUGUGGAGGCUAUAAGGUGAUCCACUGCAGUGGCUACCUGAAGAUCCGGCAGUACAUGAUGGACAUGUCCAUGUACGAUUCCUGCUACCAGAUUGUCGGGCUGGUGGCGGUGGGGCACUCGUUGCCCCCCAGCGCCAUCACCGAGAUCAAGCUGCACAGCAACAUGUUCAUGUUCCGAGCCAGCCUGGACCUCAAGCUCAUCUUCCUCGACUCGCGGGUAGCGGAGCUGACUGGCUAUGAGCCCCAGGAUUUGAUAGAGAAGACUCUGUACCACCAUGUACAUGGCUGUGACGUAUUCCACUUACGCUAUGCCCAUCACCUACUGCUGGUGAAAGGCCAGGUCACCACCAAGUACUACAGGCUGCUGUCCAAGCACGGCGGCUGGGUGUGGGUGCAGAGCUACGCCACCAUCGUGCACAACAGUCGCUCCUCGCGGCCCCACUGCAUCGUCAGCGUCAACUACGUCCUCACGGAGAUUGAGUAUAAAGACCUGCAGCUCUCCCACGAUCAGACCAGCGUUUCAAAGCCUGAGAUUGCCUACCGGAGCACAAUGCCUACCUCACAGGACUCCCGCAAACAACUCAAAUCCAAAGCUGUCAAAAUCAAAACCAAACCGAAGACAACUCCGUACCCCCAGCAGUACAACGCGUUUCCUGACAAAGUGGAGUCGAUCCCUCAGUCAGGCGUCUGGAAAGACAGCCCACCGUACAGCGUGACCCCGAGUCAGGAGCAGGCACCCGCGCAGGAGGGGGCCGACGCGCUGUGCGGCCCUCCUUACGGCCUGGCCUUCCCCUACCCCUACGGACACAUCCCAGUGGACUCCCCCACGCUGACGGGCCGGAGGCCUCCCCUGCCCUCCAAGCUGCGACAGCCCCAGAGCUCCCCCUGCCAGGCGGCCCGGCACCUCCUGAGCUCUCUCCAGGGGCGGGGGGAGGCGCGCUGGAGCUGUGCCAGCUCCUGCGUGGCUCGGACUCUGUCCAGACCUCAGUACGCCCACGUGACGUCCACCUCUCCACACCCCACCACCGCUGCCUAUCAAGGCUCGGGGGCCAACAGAAGAUUCAGCGGCGAAGCUGGACCUGAAGGCUUUUCCAGCUGCUCCUCCUCCAGACCGAACAGCAGGUUCAAGGAAGAGCCCUACGAGCACAACGCGGCCGGGCGGAACAAGACGGACGCCCGGCUGCACCCCCCUCAACAGGUCACUAAGGAGGACGGCAAGGCGCAUUUCAUGCGCGGCCCCAAGGAGCCCCUGGGCUGCGAGGCGCACUGCGACCGCCCCAGGCAGCUGCACGGCCUCGGCCAGCACCCGCCCGCGCAGGGGGCUUUCGAGCAGACCAGGAGGAUCUGCAUGAAGGAGUCUCAGUACGCACAGCUGGCCGACCAUGCGGCCUCGGAGGCCAUGGACAACAGCGACCGGGAAACCCCCAAAGCGAUGGAGCAGGAGGGCGCCGGGGAGCAGAAGAUGUUCAUGGGAAUGGGCUUGGCAAGCCAGGCUCCUUACGUGUCACUGAACUUCCACCACGUCUUAGCCAAGCAUGGCUCCUUCCAGGGGGCGCCUUAUGCACUAGCGGGCCAUUUAACGGACAAUUACAGCUACCGGGGCGAUGAGAUAAACCCAUACAUUUACAAAAGCCAAAGCCCAGCCUCUAGCUCCUCGCCCGAGACCCACAGAGAAAUCCCCCAUUAUAUUGGCACGUCUGUCAUUAUAACCAAUGACAGGUGACACCGCGGUGCCCAAGAGGGCUCGGUUUACAGUGCCUGACCCUAAGCUGAAGGACAGCAGCUCGAUGAUUUUGCUUUUGGGAGUCGCAAAGAGUUGCCGGAUGUCCUUACUGUAGCAGAUGAUGUCGGAUGAAGACACCAGCGGUAUUGCUUUUAAAUCCUGGAGCUGUAUCUUUUCUGUAGUAUCUGUGGAUGGCUGACUUUGUAUACACAUUAAUGUGCCAAUGUCACUCAACCUGCUCACGCACAGGGGUGUGAAUGAUAAAGUCGGGUUUAGUGCCUAAAGAAACAUUAUUUUUACAAUCACACAUUUAAGGCAAUGUCACAACACAAAUUUAAAAAGAUGCAUUUUUGGGGGGGAGGGAAAGUAUUGAAAAAAUGUAGCACUAGACCAGGGAGGGCUGGAGAGGCAGGGCCCAUCGACCUAAAACAGAGGCUCUUCAAAGCCAAUAGUGGUAGAGAAACCUUCAACAGCGUACUUCAGUGAAUCUGAGCCAACAUUUACAGUACACAUCUUCUACUAAAGGUAGAAAAAGGACAGAAAAGUAUGUGACCAACACAUAAGAGGUAUAGGCUACAGAGGGAAAUGGAAUUUGUAAGUUAUUGUGGAGUUCCAAACUUAUUUGUGAUUUGAGAGCACUGAGCUUGUCUGCUUUUGCAAGCCUGGUAGAUAAUAAAGGAAAAGACAUGCCCACUUUCAGAACACAUGCAGUCUACGGUCAUCCCACCCAGAGAAUGGCAAAUCUUAAGAGAUUGCUAACAAAGCAGGAGAGGACUAGGCUUGGCACAGUUCUGGCAGUAUGAUUUUAAAUCUUUCUGGUCAACAUGGAUUCUUUAUGUUUUAUGAUUAGGAAAUUUCAGACAUUUAAGAUAAGAUCACUUUAUUAGCCAUAUACAAUUUAUUGCAGCUUGCUCUCCAUGAGACACACAAACAGG